AUGAAGCAGCCAAAGAGCCCCGACUGGCCGGACAGCAGCCAUCCUCCAAAGGGUCAGGAGGGAGAGGAGGAGGACGUAGAAGAGGAAGAUGAGGAGGAGAGGAAGGUGGCAGCAGCAGUGCACAGGGUCAAACGUGAGCGACGUCAGGGCAGCAGCAGCACUGCCACUAUGUGCCGGGUGUGCAACAUACAGCUGAACUCUAACGCCCAGGCCCAGAUCCACUACAGAGGGAAGACACACCAGAGGAGGCUGCGCAGACUGGCAAAGGCCGUCAGUACAGGUACACUCUCCCAGAGCCAGGUCCACCCUCUCCUGGGCUCCCUGCCUCUGCCGGGUCGACCCCUCCAGCCUCAGACUCAUGCCCAGCUGGAGCACUUCCUGCCGCUCAGGAUCAACAGCUCCUCGCCGCUCAACCUCUUCCACAAUUUUAGCACGAUGGACCCAGUGCAGAAGGCGGUGAUCAACCACACCUUCGGCGUGGCUCCAGUAGCCAAGAAGAAACCCAUAAUUUCCUGUAACAUCUGUCACCUGCGUUUCAACUCCACCACCCAGGCGGAGGCCCACUACAAAGGUCACAAACAUGCUCGCAAGCUGAAGGCCUUGGAGACUCAGAGGAACCGGCAGAAGAAUGGUCACAGUCCGACAACAACAGGAAAAGACAGAGGCCGAGAGAGGGGGAUGAUGGGAGGAAGAUCGGUGCCCAUAGACUCUCAUUUGAAAGACGUAACAGGCCUAUGUACUUCUUCUAAACCUGCACAGCAGCAACCGGAAAACACCCAGGAAAGCUUGAUGGCACCCACCACGCCCUCACAGCCUUCACCCACAGACUCCUCUUCACUCCGUUCGCCUCAGCUCUCCCACGAAAUCUCCCCCGGCUCUCAGCUCAAUGAUCUACCUUCAGACAGCCCGCCUGUGGAAGGGUGCAGCCUGGCCACCGGUUCAUCUCCACACUCUGGCCCUCAGGGGAGCAACACAGGAGGUGAGGAGAUGGUGAAGUUGGAAGAGGCUAAAGAGGCCAAGGGCGACAAAAAACCUCUUCACUGUCCUACGUGCAAAGUGACGGUCAAUUCCAGCUCACAGUGGGAGGCUCACUGUAGUGGCUCUAGGCACAAACAGAUGCUUGAUGGUCACCACAGCAGCCAGUCACAACGCAGGGUCAAGAUGACAUCAUCGCCCAGGCCCACCAGCCGAAUUAAGCAGCGGAUGGGCAACAAGACCAGGGCGGUUGUGGGCGUAUCCAGCCAGCCGUUUCACUGUGAAUUGUGCCAGGUGUCAGUCAACUCAGAGACACAGCUGAAGCAGCACAUGAACAGCAGGAGACACAAAGAGCGUUUGGCUGGGAAGCCUGUCAAGGCGAAGUUCACACCCUAUAAUAAACUACAGUCCAGUGCUAUGUUAGCGACUAAACUGGCCCUGCAGAAGCAGCUAUCUAAGGCCCUGCCGGCAGGGUUCCUGACCAACCCCCUCAAUCCUGCUGCUUUGUGCAGCAUGGCCUCUGGACCCUUGGGGCUACGGCUGCCUCCGGGUCCCACAGCCAUCAUCCAUGGUCCACUGAUCAGCCCCACCCUCUUCAGGCCUGCCCCAGGACCUCUGAGGGCCACACAUGCACCUAUUAUCUUCUCUCCUUACUAGCAAUGAGCCAGUCUAUGCUAGAGGAGCUACAGUAGAGUAGACCUAACCUAGCCAAAUCUGAACUAGCAGAAAAGCUUAGCUUGGUCGCUGAGGACAGAGCACGGAACACCCUGAGGGA